CGGCUCGUCGAGACUUUCGCUAUUUUAUUGCAAGCACUCACUGCCAUACAGCUAAGGUGUCACGACAAGGGCCGAGGCUUAUAAAGAUACCAUGGCGGGAGCAUGGACAGAAUCUGAAGUGUUCCAGCUCACCAUGCAAGCUGGCAUAGAGACCGUCAUCUCCGCUAAGGGCAAAACAAUUAAAGUGUUUCACCGUGCUGGCUUCCGGAAGCUCGCCGACAUCUACCCUCCUCAAGGCCAAGAAGACGUUGUCCGAGAGGUAGCGCGUCAAAUGGCUGUUGAAGACGGAACUGAGGAUCUUGGAUACUGGAGGGCCAUGGGCACACGCUGUGUAACGGUCAUCAGGAGGGUGCGAUCUGCCGAGGCGGCACCAAUUGUGCCGGACCACUUCAUAUGCCCAAUCACAAACGUCCUCAUGGAGGACCCGGUCAUCACCUCGGCCGGUAUCACCUACGAGCGCUACGCCAUCGAAAGGGCACUGGCCAAAGACCAGAGAGACCCCAUUGCUCGGAUGCCUAUCAGCCCAGAGCUGAUUCCCAACAGAGCUCUGCAAGACGCCAUCGAGCACUACAACAUGCACUUUCAUCGCUAUGCCGUUCCACCGCGCGUCCCUGCCUGGGCUCUGUAGCCACUCACGGAAGGGCCCCAUCGGGAGCUUCAGGACGCGUGGAAGCGGCUGCUGGGUGCACAGCGGCUGGCGGCCCGACUCGCGGCAGCAGCAGCAGAUGUGUCAGGCGGCGGAGAAACAGGAGUAGGAACAGGGGCAGGAGCGGGAGGAACUGCCCGUGUUGCUGCUCCAGUUGUUCCCUCCCCGUGACUGGAGUACGGCACUACCUCGCAUCGUACGGCAGUGUCCUGGAGGAAUGGUGCUCGCUGAUGUCAUCUUCAUUGUUAUCUGGCACCAAGGAGAGAGGUGGGCGUGAUAAGGAGGAUGGAGAAGCGGAGGGCAAGAGGAAAGGCAAGGGGUGUAAAAAGGAGAGCAAGGGGGGGAGGAGCCGGAGGCGGUAGAGGGACAAUGGUAUGAAGCGAGAAGAGGGAAGUGGUGCGGUAGGAGGAAAAGGAGGAGGAGGAGUGGUUACUGGUUCAUCAGGCCAAGGCAAGGGCGGCAAAGGAGGCAAGUCUGUGAAGCGGAGCCGCAAGGAUCAGGAGCGAGUGUGUUGAGAAGACGUUCUGGGAAGCGGUAGGAUGAUUUUGUAAUUGGUCAAGCAGGGCCUCCCCUUCCACCUCUCCUCAACCGUGGCCCUCAAGAAUUUAAAGCCAAGCUCAC